GUAUAGUGUAUACCAACAAUAGCUAACAAAAAAACAGCUGUUCGUUGUGAGCCAGUGGUCUUCGCGAAAACAUUGCAAUGUUUAUCUGUCGCAUUUAUUCAGUUUUCCUGUAGAUAAUAUGACAUACGUAGAAUACAUUGAGCUUAUUUGGUCUGGGUCUCCUAUAUGCAAUUAAUACAGUGACUGACAGUUCUUAGAAUGAGAUUUUCACGCUACAAAUUAAUAGUACUUAGGCAUAACAUAAACUUAGUUACAGAAUCUUGCAGGGUUGUUAUAUAGGUCAUAUAUAAAUUGAAGUACCGAGUUACUGAGAAAAUGUUGUGGAGAAUACAGAAAAUAAAAGUCACCUCUUCGGCUAUGGUCAGUUUUCAGCAGUAUUCAACGACGAAAAGACGUGUUGUCGUAACUGGUAUAGGAGUCGUUUCUCCAUUGGGAUGCGGGGCCCAGCAUGCAUGGAACAGAAUAUUAUCAGGUGACUGUGGUAUUGUUCGUCUCCCCGACGACAGAUAUGGAACCCUUCCAUGCAAAAUAGCAGCUCUGGUGAAAAAAGGAAACAGUGAUGGUGAAUUAAAUAUAAAUCUUCAUUUCGCUGACAGGGAGCUAAGGACAAUGGCGCCAGCGACAGUGUAUGCAUUGGUAGCAGCAAAAGAAGCGCUAGAGGACGCAAAUUGGUUCCCAGAGGAAGAGGAAAUGAAACAGCAGACGGGUGUUGCAAUAGGAAUGGGAAUGGUUGAUAUGGAAGAUAUUUGUAGCACAAAUGAAUCACUAAAGAGGGGAUAUAAUCGUGUAAGCCCAUAUUUUGUUCCUAGAAUUCUUGUAAAUAUGGCAUCUGGUCUGAUAAGCAUUAGAUAUGGCUUUAAAGGACCUAACCAUGCUGUUUCUACAGCUUGUGCAACUGGUGCUCAUGCAAUUGGCGAUGCAUAUAGGUUUAUACAGCAUGGUGAUGCUAAAGUUAUGGUUUGUGGGGCCACUGAAGCAAGUGUCAAUCCACUCUCAAUUGCAGGAUUUUGUAGGUUGAGAGCUCUUAGUACAAAAUUUAAUGAUGAGCCUUUGAAAGCGUCAAGACCAUUUGACAAGAAUCGUGACGGUUUUGUGAUGGGCGAAGGAUCAGCCGUAAUUAUUUUAGAGGAACUAGACCAUGCUAUUCAAAGAGGUGCACAAAUAUAUGCAGAGGUCUUAGGGUAUGGUUUAUCUGGAGAUGCAUCUCAUCUAACAGCACCCAAUGAAGAUGGACUGGGAGCGACAUUAGCAAUGUCAAGAGCAAUAUGUGAUGCUAGGCUACAGCCAGAGGAAAUAAGUUAUGUCAAUGCUCAUGCUACAUCUACUCCACUUGGUGAUGAGAUAGAGGCAAAGGCUAUCAGCAGACUGCUUGGUAAACACGGUGGUGUUGCUGUUUCUUCAACCAAAGGAGCUCAUGGGCAUUUGCUUGGUGCUGCAGGUAAUCUAGAAUCUGUGUUCACCAUUAUGGCUAUUAAGACCGGCUUCUUACCUCCAAGCAUAAAUAUUGAAAAUGCAAUUGAUGCCAAAAAUGUACAUUUUGUUUCAAACAUUAAGAGAGAGUGGAAUCAUCAGAAGAGGAUUGCUUUAAAAAAUGCAUUUGGCUUUGGUGGAACUAAUGUAUCAUUAUGUUUUUCACAAUAUGUGAGCUAGGUUUUCUUGUUUCGGUCUAAUAAAACUUGCCAUACUUUUUGAA